AUUUCGCCAUUUUCUUCCUCUCCGCCGGCGAUCAAGCUCCUGUCGGAUCCGUGACAGUCUCUUGCGCUCCUACAAGACCUGUCAGCCCAGACCAGAGCUUCUCUAGAGCCCAAGCCUCCCAGACUGAAACCUCCCUCUCUGUCUUUAGUUGUAGGUGUCUGAACGCGCAAGAAGAAUGUCCUCCCAGAGCCCCGAGUACGCUCCCUUCUUCGCAGUGAUGGGUGCCUCGGCAGCAAUGGUGUUCAGUGCAUUGGGUGCUGCAUAUGGGACGGCCAAGAGUGGCACAGGCAUUGCUGCCAUGUCGGUGAUGCGGCCGGAGCUGAUCAUGAAGUCCAUCAUUCCCGUGGUCAUGGCGGGUAUCAUCGCCAUCUACGGCCUGGUGGUGGCUGUACUUAUUGCCAACAACAUGUCUGCCGAUAUCACACUCUUCAAGAGUUUCUUGCACCUGGGUGCCGGGCUGAGCGUGGGUCUGAGUGGUCUCGCAGCUGGCUUCGCCAUCGGUAUCGUGGGAGAUGCAGGAGUUAGGGGCACAGCCCAGCAGCCUCGCCUGUUCGUGGGGAUGAUCCUCAUCCUCAUUUUCGCAGAGGUUCUGGGGCUCUACGGCCUUAUUGUCGCUCUUAUCCUGUCCACCAAGGGUUAAUCGCUCUUAUCAUCUCUUACAUAUGAACCACCAUACACACACACACACACACACACACACAAGCAAGCACCAACACAAACACAAACAUCUUCCUAAUGAUACACACUGAGUAACUUCACCACCCGAAACGAUGAGAGGAAUUUUUGUGUGCAUGCGUGUAUCGUGAGUGUGCUGUUUGCAAGUGAAUGUGUGAUUGAUCUUCCUCUCUGUGUAUAGUAGCCUGCUGUGCGUUCCCCUGUAAAUGCGCUGUGUAGCUAUUGCUCUCGUCCCGUGUGUGUGUUUAAAUAGACGCCCUCUUUCUCCUAUGCUACACUUGUUUGUCAUCCUUCUUUUAUUUUGUCACAAUUUUAUUCACAUUCAAAAGAACAAAUCAGCCAUCAUUUAGUUUACUCACUUUUGGGACCAUUCAAAUCUAAAUGUUGAGGUUGAAUGCUGAUGCUGAGGACCUAAGUGUAAAAAAAAAAAAGAAAAAAAGAUGGAAUUAUUACUGUUUGUUUUUGUUUCUGUUGAUUAUUUAUGAAGAUUUUGAGAUGUUCAUUAAACCGUUAAAUGGAUCAAAGUCUUUAUUGAAAUCAUGUUUAUCUAAGUACAUAGGUGUGUGUGUGUGUAUGAGAAAUAUAUAUAUAUAUACAUAUAAAUCUGUAUAGGUAGGUGAAUUGCACUGUGGGAAAUUUGUGGAGUUUCUUUUGUAAUCACUGAUUACCAUUGAGACCGUUGUCUUAAUCAAGGUAUUAAUGUGCAAGUUUACUAAGUGUGUGAAAUGAAUGGAUGCACACGUGUGCCUGUGAGCGAGUGUGUGUAUGUGUGUUUUAACUCUUAACAUGACAUUCUUCAGACGUGUAGCGUUUUACCUGUAGUUGAUACUGUUUCUGGCUCCAUUCAAGGGUGAACACCAGCGCAGCUUGUCCAGUUUCCGAAUAAAACUUCCUCAACCUAA